AGUAGAGAGGAGUAGAGAGGAGAGGAGAGGCGAGGAGAAGUAUAAAUUACUUCCACAGCCAGCUGCUUCUUCAUUCCUCUUCUUCUUUGUCUGCAGACAGCACCGCGCGUCAUGGCACCCCACCGGUACACCGCGAGCAGCUCAGCCGCCGUCAAGAGCGAGACAGCCGCUGGAGCUGCACCGCCGGGGCCCUACUACGGAGAACCACACAGGUUUGAUGCUUCCUUCAGAGGUCCAGUCCACAGAAGAAGCUGCACUGAUAUCUUAUGUUGUUUGAUCUUCAUCAUUGUCAUCCUCUCAUAUGUGGCCCUCGGGAUAGUGGCCUGGUUACAUGGGGAUCCCAGGAAGGUGCUCCACCCAACCAACAGCUAUGGCCAGUUCUGUGGUCAGAAGGGGACUCCCAAUGCGAAGAAACCCAUCCUAUUUUAUUUCAACAUCUUGAAAUGUGCCAACCCAACUAUACUCAUCAACCUGCAGUGCCCCACAACUCAGAUGUGUGUGACAAAGUGCCCGGACAGGUUUGCCACCUACACUGAGAUGCAGCUGCAACACAUGCUCAGCAAGAGCUACUGGGAAUAUUACAGACAGUUCUGUAAGCCUGGCUUUAGUAACCCUGACAAGCCAGUAUCUCAGGUGCUACGAGAUGAGGACUGUCCCUCCAUGAUUGUCCCUAGUAGACCAUUUCUCCAGAGAUGUCUACCAGACUUCAUCACUCUGAAUGGGACUGUGACUGUAGCUAACAGAACCAGCUUUAAAGACGCUCUGGAAAUGGCCCGCAGUGUCACUGAACUCCAACAUGCUGCCAAGGGUAUAACAGGACUGGUGGACACUAAGGAGCUGGGCAUGAAGAUAGUGGAAGAUUAUGCCAAGUCAUGGGCAUGGAUACUCAUAGGUCUGCUCUUAUCCCUGGCUGUGAGUCUACUUUUCAUCCUGCUGCUGAGGUUCACUGCUGGCCUGCUGUUGUGGACGACCAUCAUCACUGUCAUACUGCUGCUGGCAUACGGUUUGUGGUACUGCUGCAUGGAGUUGUCCCGGCUGAGACACAGACCCGGCUCUGAUGUUGCCAUUGUAGAAGUGGGCCUGCAGACUGACCUGCAGGUGUAUCUACAGCUCUCUCAGACAUGGAUCAUAUUAUUGGUGUCUCUGGCAGUGACAGAAGCUUCCAUCUUGUUGAUGUUGAUCUUCUUACGGAGAAGAGUGCGAGUGGCCAUCGCCCUGCUCAGAGAGGCCAGCAAAGCCAUCAGUCACAUCAUGUCCACGCUCUUCUUUCCAGUCAUCACCUUUCUCUUGCUGACUCUUUGCAUCUCGUACUGGGCCGUUACUGCUGUUUACCUGGCCUCGUCAGGUGAGGCCGUCUACAGAGUCAUGUCUCCUGACGUCAGCUGUCACCAUGCCAACAGCACCUGCAACCCUGAGAGCUUCAACAGAAGCAUCAUCUCCACAUCAGCUUCGUGUCUAGGCUCUCAGUGUCUGUUCGCCUUCUAUGGGGGGGAGACGUCCUACCACCACCACCUCUUCCUGCUGCAGCUGUCCAACCUGCUGCUCGGCCUCUGGCUCAUCAACUUCAGCUUGGCCCUUGAGCAGUGCACCCUGGCUGGGACGUUUGCUAGCUACUACUGGGCCAAGAGGAAGCCUCAGGAUAUCCCACCAUGUCCCCUCUUCUCAUCAUUCAGCAGGGCCAUCAGGUAUCACACAGGCUCUUUGGCAUUUGGAGCUCUAAUUCUGUCAGCUGCACAGCUGCUGCGGAUCAUUCUGGAAUACUUGGAGCAGAAACUAAAAGGUGUGGACAGCAGUCUGUCCAGGUUCAUACUGAACUGUCUGAAGUGCUGUUUCUGGUGUUUGGAGAAGUUCAUACGCUACAUGAACCGUAAUGCUUAUAUCAUGGUGGCGAUCUAUGGUAAGAACUUGUGUACCUCAGCCAGAGAAGCCUUCUUCCUGCUCAUGAGGAAUGUGGUGAGGACUGCAGUUCUAGACAGAGUGACAGACUUCCUGUUGUUUCUGGGCAAAGUGCUGAUAGCAGGAGGAGUUGGUGUGGUUGCAUUCUUAUUCUUCACCAAGAAGAUCCCUGUUAUCCAAGAGGAAGUGCCCAUUCUCAACUACUACUGGGUCCCCCUGCUAACGGUGGUGAUCGGGGCCUUCCUGAUCGCUCAUGCUUUCUUUAGCGUCUAUGCCAUGUGUGUUGACACACUCUUCCUCUGCUUCUGUGAUGACUUGGAGAGGCAUGAUGGUAGUUCAGAAAAACCUUUCCUCAUGUCCCCAGAGCUGCACAGAAUUCUGGGAAAAUCCAAUCAUUUGCGCUAAUACAGUAUGGGAUCCUCCAUCAGCAGCCGUCUGCUCAGGUUUAUGACGUCCUGAGACGUCCCCACACUGAGAGAUGUCCUCAUACAAAAAGACGUCCCCACACUGAGAGACGUCCCCACACUGAGCGACGUCCCCACAGAGCGAUGUCCCCACACUGAGAGACGUCCCCACACUGAGAGACGUCCCCACAGAGCGACGUCCCCACACUGAGAGAAGUCCCCACACUGAGAGAUGUCCUCAUACAAAGAGACGCCCCCACACUGAGAGACGUCCCCACACUGAGCGACGUGCCCACACUGAGAGACGUCCCCACACUGAGAGAUAUCCUCAUACAAAGAGACGUCCCCACACUGAGAGACGUCCCCACACUGAGAGACCUCCCCACACUGAGAGACGUCCCCACACUGAGCGACGUCCCCACACUGAGAGACGUCCCCACACUGAGAGAUAUCCUCAUACAAAGAGACGUCCCCACACUGAGAGACGUCCCCACACUGAGAGACGUCCCCACACUGAGCGACGUCCCCACACUGAGCGAGGUGCCCACACUGAGUGAAAAUAAGAGCCAGCCUGUACAUUGACCUCUGCAGAGGCACUGAAGCAUUAACUUACUACUGAGUGUUUAAAUCUGCCAUUGUUUAACAUCCGUUCAUUUUUAUAAGGUUGAUUUUUGUAUUUGUAAUAUGUGUUUUUUGAUUUGUAAAAGUUGAUUCAAAUACAAUAUCCAUAUCUUAAUUAAAAAAUAAUAAGCAUGUCUUUGUCUUCAGCACAUACAUGAAACUAAAAGGUAAAUUAAAAACAACAAAUCUCAUAUUAGUUCCACAAUUUAGUUGUAAAGUGAUUUUGGAUGUUUUUUCAUGAAUAUGUUCAGUUGGAUUGCAUUGCAGGGGGGUCAGCUGAUUGGUGGUAGAACAUCACACCAUGUUUGUUCUUCUAUCUGAUGUCAGAGCCUUAAACCUCUUACUCAAUUGAUAACUAAAAUGUCACGUGAGAGCUUAGUGAUGAAAGCAGACAGAGAGACCUGGAACAGAUUCAGAGCUGAGAGGUCAAAGGUCAACUGAUGAUCAGGCUUUGUUACACUGAGAUUGUUAAUGCCCCAAAUCUUCACAUUCACAUAACUGUCUGUACACUCUCAUAGUCCCCUCAAGUAAACGCUUUAGCUCAUUUAUCCAAGCCUCGAACACAGCAGGACGUAAACUUUCAAUUUAAAUCAGAAGCCAAGUCAAACCUAAUCAAGAGAGAGGAACGUAAACCGUGUCAGGUGAUACAACAAGAUACACCUUGAUUCAUUCCUGCGGGGAAAUGUGUUGCAGGACCACAAGGAAAUAAAUAAAUAUAGCUGAGUAUAGAAAGAGACAUAAAAUAAUACAAAUAAGUAGUGGUACUCUGUUUGUAUUAAUAUAAUAGAAUAUAGUGUCUGUUCUGCCCUUACAGCGUGUAUCCCUAUGCGUAGUGUGAAGUAAAUUAAUCCUGAUUGUAUUAAUCCACUCUGGAAAGACUAUCAUAUGUAUUUGUCUACCUCAAUCAAUAUAUAUUUCUGCACUACGAAUAUGUUU